AUGGACAGAAACAAUUCUCGCAGACAAGUUGCUGCAAUGAAACAGUCACUGUUUGAUCAGGGACUUCUCGAUGAACAAUUUAUUCAACUUGAAGAAUUGCAAGAUGAUGCUAAUCCUAAUUUUGUUGAGGAAAUUGUCACUCUUUACUACCGCGAUUCAUCCAGGCUUAUCUCUAACUUAGAACAGACACUGGAGAGGAAUCCAUUGGAUUUCAACAAGCUGGACACAAUCAUGCAUCAGUUUAAAGGAAGCAGCUCAAGCAUUGGGGCUAAAAAGGUGAAAGCAGAAUCGACACUAAUUAGAGAAUAUUGCAGAACAGGAAAUGCAGAAGGGUGUAGAAAGAGCUAUCAACAAAUGAAGAAAGAAUAUGUAGCAUUGAGAAAGAAACUUGAAAAUUAUUUUCAACUAGCUAGGCAAGCUGGGCCUCUUGAAAGAGCAUGUCGUCCAAAGUAA